AUGGUUCUAAACCUAUCGGCCUUGCUAGCUGCAGUUCUCUCAAUCCCGCUUGUUCACGUAAUAGGACGGCGAAAGCUCCUCCUACUCUGUGUCGCCGGGUUCGUGGUCUGUCUAUUCAUUUUCUCGUCCGUGGGGACCGCAUACCCGCAAAGCAUGAUCGCAAGCAAAAUCCUGAUUACAUUCAUCGUUCUGUAUAACUUUCUAUUUACAAUCUCACUCGUCGUCGUCGCCUCGACCGUGAUUUCCGAAACGGCUAGCACGCGGCUCCGCUCGCAGGCCCAGUCGCUGGCUGUCUUCACGGCCUGGAGCGAGGCUGUUAUGUGGACCGCUGUGCUGCCCUAUCUGAUCAACCCGAACGCCGCGAACCUCAAGGCGAAGAUUGGGUUUAUGUAUGGUGGGUUUGGGGUGUGUAUUUGGGUCUUUAUCUUUUACUGUGUUCCGGAGUAUCUAGGUCGGCCGUUGGAGGAGAUUGAUGAGAUGUUUUUGAAGGGAGUGGCUGCGAGGGGAUUCAAGGGAUUUGUUUGCACGGGUGACCUGGUUGUAGAUUCUACUGUGAAUGAUGAUCUUGGGGUGUCGAGGGAUGUUGCAGAGGUUCAUGUUAGAGCUGGAAAAUAG